AAAAGCGUACAGACAGCCAAACAAAAACCAGCCAGCAAGAUAAUUAUAUAUUCAACCAACCAUGGGGAUCUUUGAUACCAACGACUCCUGGGAGGUUUGGACUGAGGUCUCGGGCGUCCAGCGUGACCGCGCCCUUGAGCUCGUUCAUGAUCAUGAUUACUUCCUUCACACGGCAGACCCUCAGUUCGUCUCGUACCAGCCCGAGACUAUCGACACCAAGGAUGGCCUGACGAGGCUGCCAGCCGACAUGCAUGCCGAUUCCACGGGCCCGACCCAGUGCUACGCAGUCACGGACAACAUCCCAGGCCCCAUCGCCAAGCUGCUGCCCGGCAAGUCCACCGCCGUCAACCACUACCAGCUCACCAACACCACCCAGGGCAUGUUCAUCAACUUCAAGGGCGCCAUGGGCCUGGUCUCGGACCGCAAGAUGACUAUCCGUGACGCCGGAAACGGCAACAUCAGGAUCGUUCAGGAGGUCGGCCUCAAGUGCAAAAAGAUGAUGCUGGGCGUUCUUAGGGGUCAGUACGAGCAACACUGGAGGAGGAUCCACGAGGAGUACGCCAAGAAGAUGGGCGGUGAUGUCGUCGGCCACUCGGAUGGUCUGACUUCUGCUUGAUUAUGAUAUCCAUUCCUGGCCUGUCGUGCUGGGUUAUUAUUUCUUUCUAUGGCCGAUUUCACAUGACAUCAUCCCUUCCAUGGUACUUAGACUCUAGAGGACAAAAGAAUAGUGUGCGUAAAUUGCAG